AUGGCUCGUAGGCCGCCUUCUACACCUGCAGAGGCAUCCGGCCCAGUUUGCGAUUCAGCUUCCAAAGAAGAUCUCCGAAGCACCGAUAGGAUAGAGCAGCCAACGAGUCCAUCUCAAGCCCAGGAGGAGCUCAUAUUUUGGACAUGGAGUGACGAACGUCACUGCUGGGUUGCCGAGGGCAGAGAACUGCAACCAACGGCUUCGGGCAGUGACAGCACCCGGUGGGAAUGGGAUGAUGAUGCCAAGGAUUGGGUUAAAAAAUUUCCAAAUGGCCAAUAUAUCAGAUAUGCAGACUAUCAAAAGCCUCCGACUCGUCUAAAUUCCGAAUCUCGAGGAUUUGAAGUUGUCAAGAUGCCAAAACGCUUCUUCAUUCCUGGGCGAAUAUUCAAAAUGAUGUGGUACGAACCAGCACCAGAGGCCCAGACAGAGCUAUCCCCUGAUUCCAAGCUGGACAAGAAAUGUCAGGCCUUUGGCGAGGAAGCCGAAUCGAGGCCUAUCGCACGCUACCGUUGGUUUGUCGUCGUUCAGCGACGCUAUGACCACUCGAUAUGCUUUAGCGUCACCACAUAUAAGAAAGGUGCGUCUAAAACAAGUCGAUCGGAUAACGUGGCAGUCCUUUAUCGCGUUACCGUCGACCCACCCCUGCCUUACGAUGAUGAGAAAUUCAUGCGGACGCCAAUUGCCGUGAUUGUCGAGGACCCUGAACACUAUAUCGCGCCUACCGCGAGACUGGAUUGUAAACGGGUCUACACAGUCGAAGACGGCAUGAAGGUGAAGAAGAUUGGGCGGGUGCACCCUCGGUGGGUUCCGGUGUUGGAGAAGUACUACCAGCAGGCUGUGAACUCCUGA